UACUUCCUGCCUGUGGCAGAAAAUAGCCCUGGCCUUCUGGCUUAUCUCAGCAAAGAGCAGCACCCAGCCCAGCUCAGAGGGCAAUGGGAUGGGUCCCAGAGGCCCUGAGGAGGUAAUAAACCUGGACCCUGAAGGUGCAGAAAGGAAGCUGAAGGACAGAUGCCGUGAGCAGCAGGUGGCGGCACAUGCUCUGGUCUCCAUUGCUGAUGAGGCUGUGAUUAAAAGCUUCCAAUCCUUUAUAGCCAUCGGACCCUGCAGCCAUAGCACAUAUUUCCAUGACCUGCUUCUCCUUGCUUUUGGACGGUCUCUGCAUAGCCUCCAGGUCCCUGUACAACCUCCAGGCUGCCACCCUGGAGGUAAAAGGGAUGCCUGGAUCUUGAUGUGUCUCAUGAUGUAUCCAGCCUAGCUCCCCCUCUCACUUUUUCACGAUGUUGACCAACUCCUCUUUGUUGGCCAACUGCUCUGCCAACGCCUCUUCUACCAACAGCUCUAUUCCUCCGUGCCCUGACUAUAGGGCUACCCAUCGCCUGCACAUGGUGGUCUACAGCUUGGUGCUGGCGGCCGGGCUCCCCCUUAAUGCGCUGGCCCUCUGGAUCUUCUUGCGCGUUCUGCGCAUACACUCGGUGGUGAGUGUGUACAUGUGCAAUCUGGCAGCCAGCGACUUGCUUUUCACCCUCUCACUGCCCGUGCGCAUCUCCUACUACGCACUGCACUACUGGCCCUUCCCCGACCUCCUGUGCCAGACGUCGGGCGCAAUCUUCCAGAUGAACAUGUAUGGCAGCUGCAUCUUCUUGAUGCUCAUCAACUUGGACCGCUAUGCCGCCAUCGUGCACCCCCUGCGUCUACGUCAUAUGCGGCGGUCCCGCGUGGCGAGGCGGCUCUGUCUGGGUGUUUGGGCACUUAUCUUGGUGUUUGCUGUGCCCGCCGCCCGCGUGCACAGGCCCUCGCCUUGCAGCUACCGGGGCAUCGAGGUGCGCCUGUGCUUCGAAAGCUUCAGCGACGAGCUAUGGAAGGGCCGGCUGCUUCCCCUUGUGCUGCUGGCAGAGGCCCUGGGCUUUCUGUUGCCCCUGGCAGCCGUCCUCUAUUCAUCUGGGCGGGUCUUUUGGACUCUAGCGCGGCCGGACGCCACGCAGAGCCAAAGGAGGCGGAAAACCGUGCGCCUUCUGCUGGCCAACCUCGUCAUCUUCCUGCUGUGCUUCGUGCCCUACAACUCCACUCUGGCUGUCUAUGGGCUGCUGCGGGGCAACCUGCUGGUGGCCAGCCAGGAGGCCCGCGAUCAAGUGCGCGGGGUGUUGAUGGUAAUGGUGCUGCUGGCCGGCGCCAAUUGCGUGCUGGACCCGCUGGUGUACUACUUCAGCGCCGAGGGUUUCCGUAACACCCUGCGUGGCCUAGGUACUCCGCUCCAGGUCCGGACCUUGGCCACCAAUGGUGAUAGGGGAGCGAGUGCAGAAAGGUCCUCAGAGGCCAUCCACACCACUGGAGUGGAUGCCACCAGUCAGGAGCUACUCCAGCCACCUAAACCCAGAAUGCCCUUCACCGAGUGUCCUCAGGAUUCCACCCUCUGAACGCAUAUCGCGCAAUAGUGCAGUCUGGUACCUCUCUCAUAGGCUUCUGGAUCCAUGACCAUGAGGGAGGUGCACUGAGCGCUUGGAUUUCAGAAUGGAACUCCAGUUCUUGAAUGCAGAUGAGAACAAAGUGUGGAAACAAGAUCACAGGAAAGAAAGAUUGUUACUAGCUAUGGCUUCUUUAAGUUGGUGGUAGUAGGCAAAGGACCUUUUCUCCAAUCAGUGGGAAGUGAUGCAAUGAACCUGACCACAGCUAAGAGCUGACAGAUGGAAAGGAAAGUGGAUACCCUGGAUUUUGCCACAGGACCACAGGGCCAAGAGCUGAAGAGCCCCAAACCUUGGUAGAUCAAGCUACUGAGAAGUUGGUGCCAUCUGUUGAGUUCUGUGCUGAUCUCAGGGCCAUGGACACCACCAUUUUCACUUUCACCUGCCCCCCCCUACUUAGCAGGAAGCGUACAAGUGUUUAUUUGAUAUGGAGAGAACUGGGUUCCUUAUUAUUGAUUUCUAAUGGUUUAGGCUAGGACACCCAACAUGGGGUGGUAGGGGCAGGGCAAAACUGUGAAUUAAAUUGUGAUACACACUGCCCCCCUCCCCCAAAUCCUAGUUUUUGUCCCUUAUCUAGGUCAUCGUUUCUCCUGCCAUCGUUUUUAGGGCCUCCUCUUUUCUAGGUCCUUAAUAUCAUCUCUGUCUUCCUGCUUUGUCCAAAGAAAGGAGAACAGUCUUUGUAUUAAAGCAUUGGUUCUCAAACUUCUUGGUCUCAGAUCCCUUUACACUCAUAGAAAUUGAGGACCCCAAGAGCUUUUGCUUAUUCUUUGUUGUUUUAAUAUUUACUGUAAUAGGAAUGAAAGCUAAUAAGUUUUAAAACAGAAAUACACAAGCACACAAUC